CUUUUUAAAUCUGAUUCCCCAAUCAUCUAUCUCAAUCUUCUCUCUCUAGGUCUCCUUGGCUGAAAUUCGAUAUUCAAUUUGGAGACGAUGUCGUCGUCCGCGGAUGAGAACGGAAGCAAGAAGAUCACCCUGCGCAGUUCCGACGGCGAGGUGUUUGAGGUGGACGAGUCGGUUGCCCUUGAGUCGCAGACCAUCAAGCACAUGAUCGAGGAUGAUUGCGCCGACAACGUCAUCCCCCUUCCUAACGUCACCGGUAAAAUCCUUUCCAAAGUCAUCGAAUACUGCAAGCGUCACGUCGAUGCCGCCGCUUCCGCCACCAAUGCCGACGACAAGCUCGCCUCCGCCGUCUCCGAUGAGGAGCUCAAGGCCUUUGACGUCGAUUUCGUCAAAGUCGAUCAAGCCACGCUCUUCGACCUUAUUUUGGCUGCUAAUUACUUGAAUAUCAAGACCCUUCUGGACCUGACUUGCCAGACAGUGGCCGACAUGAUCAAGGGAAAAACUCCAGAGGAGAUCAGGAAGACAUUCAACAUCAAGAAUGACUUCACAGCAGAGGAAGAAGAGGAAGUCCGGCGAGAGAACCAGUGGGCUUUUGAAUAGAGUAAGCGCAGGUAGAAUAUCUAAAGCUGCCAAUAAAAGCUUGAUUGGUGCAAAGAGAGGAUCCAGUGACUCAUUUGAGUCAUGAUGGUCUGUAAGGUUGCCUCUGCCAGGGCUGCUUUUAGACAAUUUUCUUGUUUUUCUAACUUUAUUUUGUACGGUUAUGCAUUUUAACUGAACUCGUCCUAUCCAUAUUAUAUAAGUUUAUUUCUUUCCUA